GUGUUUUUCUUAUUGAGCGAUCGAUACGAGCAGCGGAGAAAUUAACGCGUUUCUCAUACUCGUUUCACUUAUAAACUUCAAUUCCCAUCAUGCCAAUCGGCGGAUCACGACGACAACGAUGCUUGAACAUACAAAGCACCAGGUAAACAAGUCUGAUCGAGCUGCUGUAGUGAUGCACAGUAACAGCGACUUCAAAGCGUUUCGCUCAUUACAGAAUAAUGGGGGUUUCAUAACCAAGACGCAAAGUCUCACGGUGCGUGUGCGCGCUCACAAAUGGGACAUUUUGGGGCACAGCUGAGAGCUUCAAAACUGCGCCUGUACACUUCAUAGUGUUUAAUGCGAUGGGACCUAUCCUGCAGGAACGAACUGCGUCUGCGACACUGAUGGUGCCAGGCAAGGAGAAGGUUAGAAUGAAAAAUGCAGAAAACACUGGGAUUGUUGCCAGCAAUAAUAAGAGAGGAGGAAACGUGAACCAGAAUAAGAAACCUCUUAAAAAAACAGUGCCCUUGCAUCCAGGGCAAGAGAAGGAUCCUCUGCCCAAAGCUGAAAUUGUCCAAAAUGGCAUUAAACCAAAGAAAGCUAAGAGUCCGACUGGUGGCACUUGCAAGUUGCGUGGCACUCUUAUCCAGUCUUAUAAAGUAAUCUAUUACUGUUUCAAUGUGAGAAACCACUGGAAACAACUCAGUGUAACACAGGGCGAAUCAGACCUGAGGCCUCCACGUCCCAAACUCUCUUGUACCGAGCGUGGACAGGAGAGGCAGAAAAUCCAGCUAGAGCCUCAGUGCUGUAAAGAGAUGGUACAGAGCCACGUGGCCUUGGAGAAGAGCCGUCGUGCUCUAUCGCUGCCCUUGGCUCCUCAGCCAGUGCUGCAGCAGUUCACCCUGCAGAAACAAGUCCCAGACUUAGACUCACUCCGUCUCCUGGAGCACAAGGAGGAUGACACGGACAGCGCCAGCGACCUGUCCGACUCCGAGCGACUCCCUGUGCUGCCUUCCCCCUGCACUCCUCCUCAGCUCAACCUCCGAGCCGAGGUGAUCGACUCCAUGGACCUGCAUCCUCACAUACCUGGACCCAGGUCGGUGGAGAACGAUGAAGUUAGGUACAGCUACCCAGACUUCCUGCCUCCUCCGUUCAAUACCUGGAGCCUGAGGCAGCUCGCCAUCUUCCUCAACACUGAGGGUAAGCGGGCUCCCCGGCCGAAACCCGUAGGGCAGCUAGAGAAGUAUUUAGAGCGCCUCCUUCAACUUGAGUGGCACCAGAUCCAAACAACACAGGCUGAGAGCGGACGGCACAUCGUUCCCAUCAUCCGAUCAAGAGGUCCUGCUGCCAGUAUCCUAGCGAACGGCAACCGGCCUAGGCCUCAUACUGCUCCUCCGACACGCCUCAGCUCCCCGAAAAGCUUUCGGCAGGGUCAAAGGGCCUUCUUCUCUUCAAUGGCCAGCCCAUCAUCCACCCAGCUUUCUCGCCCCGUCUGCCCUCACUGCCACAUCCGCUAUCCGCUCUGCAAUGGCACCUGCUCUUCGUACGUCUACCAGCGGCAUUCCCGUCUCAGCCCCCUGCUAGAGCGCAAAGCUCCCCUGGCCAACACCCAAAAGAGGAGCAGCAGCGAAAGCCGGGCUUCCACCUCCGAAAACCGCACCACUUCGAAAAACCAGCAACCAGUCAGUCCUCAGGCAGCAAAGGCUCACCAGAAGCACAUGCAGGCCGUGGGAAACGUGCGCAGGGCAUCCCAUGAACUUAACGCAAAUGGCAAAUCCCAUUCUUCGGUCAGGAAAGGAAAGACUGCGAGUUCAAACGAGGUGGACAAACAGAAAGAUCCACCUGGAGCAAAAUGUGGAGGGGUUGAUAGGCGGGAUCCUGUGGGUAUGAAACGCGAAGGUCGUGGUCCUGGGAAGAAAAUGGUUAAGGAUGGUCCGAAAGCCGAAACGGGUGAAGCACGAUUAAGGUCUGGCACUAAAAGAACGGUCACCGAUGGCUGCGAUGCAAAAGUGACGUCAGCUACCAAAACUAUUGGCAAAGUGAAAAAUGCUCAAUAUGCCAAGUAGUUAGUGCAGCUUUCACGCAAUUUUCAGUUGCCUCAAAAACAUUUUCAUUUUGCAUACUGUAAAGAAGAGCUAAUUAAAACCAUAAUAUUAUCCCAGUAUGCAGUUAACUGUAGUUGUUAGUGAAAAGGAUACAAGUGCCAUCACAUUGGCAAAAUUCUGGCAAAAUUUCAAGGAAAAAAAAAAAGGUUCAUUGUCUAUUGUCAAUAA